CCUCCCAUUCCCUCAAUCUCCUUCCCGGUAACUUUUGCCCAUCAUGUCGAUCAUGCAACAUAACGGUGGCUCCGUCAUAGCCAUGGUGGGCAAGGAUUGUGUCGCCAUUGCCUCGGACUUGCGCUUGGGUGUUCAAUCGCUGAGCAUCACAUCAGACUUUGAGAAGAUAUUCCCGGUGACAGACCGGCUAUUCGUAGGACUUCCUGGUCUUGCGACAGACGUCACGACACUACGAGAACAAUUCCGGUACCGCGUGAACAUGUACACUAUCAAGGAGGAGCGCGAGAUCGAGCCACAGACCUUCGCGCAGCUAGUCUCCUCCACGCUCUACGAGCGACGCUUCGGCCCGUACUUCAUCGAGCCCGUCAUGGCCGGCAUGCAGAAGACACCAGCCGGCGGCUACGCGCCGUUCAUCGCCGCGACGGACCUCAUCGGCUGCCUGAACUUCGCGAAGGACUUUGUCGUGGCGGGUACCGCGAGCGAGAAGCUGUUUGGUGUGGCGGAGGGCCUGUGGGAGCCUGACCUCGAGGCGGAGGACCUUUUUGAGACGAUCUCGCAGACACUGCUCAACGCGCUAGACCGCGAUGCGUUCUCGGGCUGGGGUGCGGUCGUACAUGUCAUAACGAAGGACAAGGUUAUAACGCGCAAGCUCAAAGGAAGAAUGGACUAGAAUUGCCGAAUUCUGUUGUAUUUCAUAGCUAUCGUUCAUCUGCAUAUUCGCUCUUGAUCCACCCGUCCGCAGCGAGUUCUCUCAGUGCCAAGACGGACGUAU